GUCAGCUGAUCACUCAUAAGCUCUCUAGCAAGGAGAAAGAUGUCGCUGGAAAAUCACCGAAGGAUGGACUCCCUGUUUGUCCUAGUGUUUGUGUUCUUGUCAGCCGUAACGUCAGGAGUCAGUGGAGACAGACUGACCGUACUGCAGGCACCAGAGUAUGUGUCUUUUCAAAAGGGAGAUUGGAUGAUCUCAGGAGAGAAGAUCCCAGACCUGGUGGCUCUCACCAUGGGCUUUUCCAUUCAGGAGGAUCUUUCUUGGCCAGGUCUGCGGGCUGGUCCAUUGUUCCAACGUCCCAGGGCCAACAUGCUGGUGGUUGUGCGUGGAGUUGACAGCCUAAACCUGCCCCAGAGUGUGGCCUCUUACCCCUUGGAGAAUCCUGUACCCUUUACGCUAGACAGCGUGGCUGAGACGGUCCACUCUCUGUUUUCUGAGGACACUCCUGUUGUACUUCAGCUGGCUCCCAGCGAUGAGAGGUUGUACAUGCUGGGCAAGGCCAAUGCCGUGUUUGAGGACCUUCCUGUCACCCUCCAGCAGAUGAGAGCACGUCUAUCUCAGGACGGCUCUGUAGUUACCUCCCUGCCCCUCAACUCACUCAGCCGCAAUGCAGAGGCUGAUCUUCUCUUCUUGUCGGAGGUCCAGGUUCUGCAUGACAUCACAGCUCUGCUUCAGAGGCACCGCCACCUAGCCAAAGAUCACUCCCCUGACCUCUACUCGCUGGAGCUCUCUGGCCUGGAAGAGCUGGGACGCCGCUACGGACAAGACUCCAACCAAUACCGGGACGCCACGGCCAUCCUCACUGCUGUCUUGCAGAAGUUCGGUGAGGACCUGUAUGGUCUCUAUGGCAACAAUGCUGUGGUGCAGGUAGUCACGGUGAAGAACUUUGAGGCACCAUUGACCAGAAAGUCACGUUCAAUCCUUGAGUCCAAACAAAUUAGCAAUCCAGGCAGCCCCUAUAAUCUGGCUUACAAGUAUAAUUUUCAGUAUGCAGUCAUCUUUAACAUAAUUCUGUGGCUGAUGAUCAUCCUGGCCCUUGCCGUCAUUGCCAUCGCCUACAACCUCUGGAACAUGGACCCCGGCUAUGACAGCAUCAUCUACAGGAUGACCAAUCAGAAGAUCCGGAUGGACUGAGAUCCACCCUUUUGUUUACAUUCCCAAACUCUCCCAUGUUUAGUCUUUUAGUCAGUGUGUUCAUUUUUUGUUUGUCUGAAACUACAUUGUGUGAAGAAAUACUGUAUCUUGGGCCAAUACCAAACCAACCCCUGGUCUCUGUAUACAUCUGUCAAGAUUUUAUUGGAAAACUUAAAUAUUGUGGGACCUGCCUGAUGUUGUGGAUGUUGUUUCACUAAUGCUCAUUGGUCAAUUCUACAUUGUACCAAAUGGGAUUUUACAUCCAUUCAGAUCUACAUUGGGGCCUAAAGACAAUAGAUAUUGGCUUGUUAUGAAUGUCUUAUCAAAGUGUUAAGUAAUGGCUAUUUUUGGCCACUAAAACAUAAUCUAUCACAUACAUUUACAAAUAAAAUUUGACCGGUAGUUAAGAGUUGUGGAAGUAGCCUGCUGAAGUAGCCUGCUGAUCUUCAUGUAUUGGUUAGCUGUACUAACUAUAACAGUUCAACUUUGACAGUUCAACUGUAAAUUGAUACUGUGAAGCUUUCAAACCCUCACUUUUCACAUGUAUCCAUUUAGGUUGUCCCUUCCUUAAUGGUCGUAAUUCCCUUACUUUCUCUGGUGGUUCCAACAUUUGGUUGAAUCAGAUUAUUAUUGUGAUGCCCUGACCGACAUAACUUGUGUGUAGUUUGUUUUGCAAUAUGAAACUGUUGUAAGUUAGGUGAAAUGUAGGUGUGUACAUAUUAAGAUGGAUAUAAAAUAAGAAUAUCUUAAAUUAAACUGGCUUUAUCUGUAUUGUGAUGAAGGUGUAAUUUUAUCCCCUGUGUGCUAGCAUGGAUUAAAAAACUGUUGACGUGAAA